GAAAUGUGUGUGUGAGUGAGUGGGUGGGUGAGUAUGAACCUAUGGUGCAACCAUGACCAGAGCAACACUGACCAAAAUCCUCAUCCUCGUGAUCCUCGCCUUCAUCAUCUGCCUCCCGGAAUUCUUCUCGCUACACAGAGUAUCAAAAGUGAACUUCCUCUGUCUGCCCUACCGACGAUGUGAGCGAGGGAAUCAGGUGGAGAAGGGGGAGAGUGGGAGGAUCGGGGAUGCUGAAAUUAAGAGAAAGGAUAUGUGCGACGCCUCUCAGACUGCGGAACGGGAAAAGUGGGAGCGGGCCUGCACACAUGGGAAUCACAUCAACAUGACAGGUCCUGCAUCAGACUCCAGGAGAGGCAGCGAGGAUUCAGAAAAGAGCUUGUUCAUGUGUCAAACAGAUAUGGACAUGGCAGAAUUACACAACAACAGCUCGUCUUCAGCCACAGCUUUGAAGCUGCAUCUGGAAGUUUCAGUGGAGCUUCAACUGGGCGAUGCAGAGACCCUGAAUCUCACCCUGUAUGGCCACAGUAACUACAGCUCCUUAGACCUCCACCCACCUGAGGAGCAAGGCGAAGAGGAGGAUAAGAAGAAGGGUGAUGAAGGACAGACGGCAUUCUACUGCUGUCUCCCUGUCCUGCCCACCUCGGAGUUGGCCAAUCCAAGCCGCUGUCUCCUUUGGCUCGCCAAUCAAACGCUCUCGACUGCGACAGCGAAGGGAAAGCUGCCAUGGAAACGGACACCGAAAGCUGAGUGGCGGUGUUUAUUCAGGGUGAUCUGGUUGGCUCUUCUGUGUGUGGUGCUCCUGACUGUAGUCACAUCUGUGCUUAGCAAUCUCUACCUGAGGAAACGCUCACGCAGAAAGCCCAUGGUGCGCCCUGUUUACAACUUCUCUGGUCAGCAGUUAAAUGAUGGAGAGAACCGCACAGAAACCUUCACCAAUACAGUCCUUCACUCCUAUACGUCACUGCCUUGGUCAGAACUAUCUCCCAUCAAAGAAGCCGACUCUAAAGAUGACAUAGAGACUCUGAUGGAUGGAAAUAUCAGCCACUGCUAUACUGCAAAUCUGCACCAUCGUGGAAACCCGAGCAUCUCCUCCCUCACAGAGGAGCAGCAAGAGGAGAGGAGCAUAGACAUGGUCUUUAAGUGAAAAUCAAGUUCAAGCUUCACCGUCAUGUUGAAAAUAAAAACAUCUGAAACAUA